AUGGUAAAAUUACAUAGUUAACCUGUUAAAUAAAUGAGAUAUCAGAGUAAUUUUUAAUUUUUGUUAACAAUUGAUACAAGUGUUAGAAUGGAAGUAUGUGAUCCUAUUACUUAGGAUUUUCCAAAAUAAGAAUAAGCAAAAUCUGAAUUCAAAAUUAAUUAUUCUAGCAAAGUAGACACUGAUUUAUAUGAAUUGAUGCAAAAUAAAUUAUAAUGUUAUGGUUUAGGUGUUAGUAAUAAAUAGAAACUAUUUGUCCUAUAUGUUUCAGACAAAAAAUUAAGAGUAUUUAAUGUUCAAACAGGAAAGAUUAUAAUUAUAUUGGAUGAAUCAAUUUAAGCUAUUAUAAGUAGAUAAAAUGAUUAAAUAACAUAUCCUCUAUUACAUAUUGAAUAAUAAGAUUUCGAAAGAGGAUUAUUGAUUGAAAAAGUUUUAGAUAAAUAACCUGAAUAAUUAAAAUAAAUUACUAUGUGUUUUGAUGAAACAGAUUAAAUAUUGAUAUAUCCUACUUUUAUUGGAAUUAAAUUUAUUUACAUAAAGACAGAGGAACUUGAAAAACUAUUAGGGAAGAUGGAAAUUAGUUAAAGAUUCAUGAGAGUUGCAUUAUAUUAAGGACCUUCAAUGAAGAAUACUUAAAAUGAAUAAUCUCAUAGUACUUUAAAUAGAAAAGAGACUGAUCCAAGUUUAUAUAUAAGUGCACAUAAAUCAAACAAAUUUUAUGUUUUCUCUCGUAGAAUUCCUGAAGAUUUAGCAGAUAAACCAUGGGUUUUUGCUAGAGAUAUAUUGAAUGAACCAUUGAAUCUUAAUUAAUAAAGCCUAAGUUUUAUGUCUGACAAUAAAAAUAAAGUAUGUUUAUAUUUAAUCUAAUUUUUUAGACUUUAUCUGGAUGA